AUGACCUGAAAUUCCAAGGACAAUCUCAACUUAGGCUCAGUUUUGAGCAGGGAGGCUGAGAGGCACACGGGACCCUUGGAGGCCCUUUAGGGCCCACCAUGAGGAUUCACAAUGAAGCAGCUGUAGAAGCGCAAAUACAGGAGCUAAGGACCAUCACUCGGCUCCAGGAACAAUGUCGGGCACUCCAGAUCCAGGGUGUGAAGGAGAAGACGACACAGAACAAGGCUACACUAGGCCUCCUGCGCAGCAACCUCCGUCGAGGGGCCCAGGAGUGGGCUUUGGCUAAGAAGUAUGAUCAGUGGACCAUCUCCAAGGCCUGCGGGAAGGACGUGUCUAUGAGGCUGGCACACCGCCGUAGUUCUAUGGAGGUGGCUCGGGAGAAGCUGCGCAAGUACGUCUUCGACCGUGUGAAUGCACACAACGUACUGAUCCAUCUGGCUCGGCGACGAGGACAGAAGCUGGAGAGCUUGCAGCUGGAACUGGCGAGUCUGCGGAACCAGCCUGAUGCCACUAAAGACGAGCUAAAGCUGCUGCAGAUUAUCCGCCAGCUGGAGAACAAUAUUGAAAAGACCACGCUCAAGAUCACCACCAGCCGGAACAUCCACAUGCUGUACUCAGACCUGCUGGACUACCUUAAGAGGGUGCUGGCGGGCUACCCCACGGAGCUAAACAAGCUUCAGAACCUGGUAACCAACUACUGCUCGGAGCUGUCAGAUAUGACAGUCAUGUCCCAAGAUGCCAUGAUGAUUACUGAUGAGGUCAAGAGGAACAUGAGACAAGGGGAGGCGACCUUCAUCGAGGAGCGAAGGGCACGGGAAAACCGGCUGAACCAGCAAAAGAAGCUUAUUGACAAGAUCCACACCAAGGAGACCAGCGAGAAGUACCGCCGUGGCCGAAGGGACUUGGAUUUCCCCUCCAAUCUGAUGAGUAUGGAUACCAUGAAGGUGAGGAAAAGAGAAACUUCCAUGGCAGAUAUGGAAUACCAGACAGAAGUGACCACUUUGGUAGAGAGGGUCAAAUCCGCUGUACAGUGCUCCCACCUCUGGGACAUAGCGGGCCGCUUCCUGGCUCAGAAGAAUACAGAGGAGAACCUGGAGCUGCAGAUGGAGGAUUGUGAGGAGCGGCGGAUGCAGUUGGAAGCCCUGAUGAAGAAGCUGGAACUGGAAGAGGCACUGCUCAAAUUCCACCAGACACCCAGCUCUGUUGGCUUUAAUUUGAUUGAAAAAAAGAUGAAGAACAUGCUAGAAGAGGAAGAAGCAAGGCUCCAGCUGGCCCACAACAACAUGACCAAGAGCCAGCAGCUGCUGCUGGCCAUCCAGACAGGUAUUGACAACCUCUACAUCCGGCUCAUCGGUAUCAUCUUGCCAGCCACCCAGAAAGAAGUAACAAUAUCUGAUACCCUUGAUGUGUAUGGCAAGCUGGAGUAUUGUGAGGGGAAGCUCAUAUACCUGGCUGAACGCGUGCAAAUGCUGACCAGAAAUGAAGAGGUCGACACAAAGGUGAGGGAUGCCCUGGAAUCAUCAACUCUAAAGGAGAAACAUAAUACCAGGAUUACCUUUGAGGACCAAGAGGAGGACAUGAUAGAAACCUUCCAGUUUGCCGACGUGGACCAUAGCUAUGUCCCUUCGCGGGCCGAGAUAAAGAAACAGGGCCAGCGGUUGAUCGAGGGGAAGCUCAAGGCGUCCAAAAAGAAGAAAAAGUAGCCCUGUCCGGGCUUUAGUACACAAAUAAACAUUUUUCCAUAACUACUCUA